ACCCGGCUGCAUCCAAUCGCAGCAGCCCAGUUUUCGUCGACAAAAAAGACAAGCCACUGGCUUCCCGCCAUUAAACAACGCUUGCUCACGGAUUUCUUGCGCGCGGAUUCAAUUGCAUAGUGACAACUCGUCGUUUUUAUUUUCCUUGCCUUGUUCGCUUAACCGGCAACUCCUAGCAUCGCAUCGUGCUACUUCAGCCGCGGUACGCACGCACGACAAAACCACCACCCCUCCAGGCCAACCGACCAUCAUUCACCUGGCCACGAGCGCAUUGCUCGACAUGCCCUCUGCCGCCAAACCACACCCUUAGAUAAACGACAGCUUCCCUAUCGGCGACGCCAUCGACCCUAAAUACCUUGCGUCGUACCCUUUCGCCCCUGCACCGGUGUGUAAGCGAACUGACUGUAACGCCUCCAACGCUACCCUCUGCUGCGUAACGUCGAUGCCCAAUGGGAGCACGCAGUCUUUAGGCCGAAACCACACAAUACAUUAUACACGUUGAAGACAUGAAUACAAGCGGCAAGUCGGCCGAAAAGGCCAAGGCCAAGGCCCAAGAAGCCUCCAAGGAUAAGAAGCGUGACGAAACAACACCAAGCAAGGCGCCCAAGAAGAGGCGCAAGGUGAACCAUGCUUGUGUAUAUUGUCGAAGAUCUCACAUGACCUGUGAUUUGGAACGACCAUGCACUCGAUGCAUUAAGAGAAACAUUGGCCACUUAUGCCAUGACCAGCCUCGCGAGUCCGACAUCCAGAAAGGAAAAAACGGCAAAGGCCAAUCGAAUUCAGAAGAGCCCGACGGCAUCGCAGAAGCAGCCGCAGCAGCCACCACCAUGGGGCCGCCGUCUGGCUUUGCCCCAGCAGGAGUCAUGGCACAGGGCAACCCGCUUGCGCUUGUACAACCUGGAGCAGCUGGCAUGCAGCCGGGAUUGAACAAUGGCUCUGGAAAUGCAAAUCAGUUUGCUGGUUUCUCCGACGCCUGGCUUACAGCACAAAACUUCCACGACAUGAAUGCCUACAACCCUAACUACAUGAUUAGUGGCGAUGUGACGCACGAGUUCAAUCUACUCAACGACUUUCUGCACAACAAUCUACUUGAUGACACGGGCGUUCCGUCUGACGACAAGCAACGGAGCAUGCUCCCCGACAGCGCCGUUCCAGCAGACUGGAAGAACCCCUUUGGAGGUGCGCAGCUGCAGCCUGCUGCAGGUGGUGCAUCUUCAGGCGCCGUCAACAAUUCCAUGCCGCCCCCGCCUCUGGGGCUCGAAAACAAGCGACUGCGACCACGAACCGCGCAGCAAGAAAAGGACAAGACGCGCGAGUACUAUCUGCAGGCCGCUGACCCCUCCGGAAACGACAAUGCCGAAGAGCGAAUGUCCCGUGUUCUCAAAGCCAAGUAUGACGCUGGUCUACUGAAACCGUUCAACUAUAUCAACGGCUACGCUCGCCUCGGCAAAUAUCUCGAUGGACAUAUUGCUGCAUCAUCAAAGCAAAAGAUUCUGCGCAGUAUCAACAACUACCGCCCCAAGUUCCGCGAGAAGGCGCAGGGUCUUACCGAUUUACAGCUGCUCUACGUUGAAAUGUGGUUUGAGCGACAGCUGAUGGAUUACGACCGUGUUUUCGCCUCAAUGGCUGUCCCGGCGUGCUGCUGGAGAAGAACGGGCGAGAUUUUCCGCGGCAACAAGGAAAUGGCAGAGCUCAUUAAUGUGCCUGUCGACCAAUUACGUGAUGGCAAAAUCGCACUGCAUGAGAUUCUUACCGAGGAGUCCAUGGUUCGAUACUGGGAAGAGUUCGGCACAAUUGCCUUUGAUCCCGCUCACGAUACCCUCUUGACGGCGUGCUCGCUUAAGAAUCCAAGCGACGAUUCCAACCAUCCAAUCGUCAAGUCGUGUUUCUCAUUUACCAUCCGUCGUGAUGAACAUAAACUGCCGGUCCUUAUUGUUGGCAACUUUUUACCACAUGAUCCCCCACCUCACGAAUAAAUUUGGGGAGAUCUAGUGGUAUUGGAUAUACUUUGUUGUGAGUGUGAAUUGUGAACGAAAUUACUGUGACGGGUUUCUGGUGUCAUGGCGUUAGACUGGUGGUUUUCGUAAAAUAUAUUUGGUUCUUUGUCCUGCGCUUUCAAUAUUGUGAACCUUGUUGGCAGCUGCGCCAGCUGGCACAUGUUCGACACUGUGAUUGUCUUCUAGUUCUUCGUGACUGCUGGUACCAAUCCUGAACUUGCCAUUUAAUUGAACCAAAACUCUCUGGGCCCUAGAAUCGAUAGCGAGAUGAGCGAGACAUUGACGAAUAUUCUAGGUAAAAUGCGAAAACUAUAAACAGCAUCUUGUUCUAAUUAUUUUGAUAAAAAGACUUUGCAAGAGAUCUAGCUAUUGAACUGGACAA